AUGUCUCCCGCUCGCAAGGCCCUUAUCAGCGUUACUUCGGCCCAGGCCACCCUCUUCCAAGGAAAAGAGACCACUGGGCUCUUCAUCACCGAAGCACUUCACCCGUUCAAUGUGCUCACUGCCGCGGGUUUUGAAGUUGAUUUUGCCUCGGAGACUGGAAAAUACACUCCUGACUGGCUUUCACUGCAGCCAGAUUUCCUCAAGGGUGAUGAUCUCAAGGCUUGGAAUGAUGCCAAUAGUGCCUUUCGUCGAAAGCUGGACAGUCUACAUAAAGCGGCUGACUUGGAUAAGUCUCAGUAUGGUCUUUUCUACGCUUCUGCUGGUCAUGCUGCUCUGAUCGACUACCCUACUGCGUCCUCAUUGCAGAAAAUCGCCGAGGAAGUCUGGGCAAACGGUGGUGUUGUUGCCUCAGUGUGCCACGGCCCUGCCAUCUUUGCCAAUGUCUUGGACAGGGCAACUGGCGAGCCCAUUAUCAAAGGCAGAAAAAUUACCGGUUUUACUACCGAGGCUGAGGACAAUAUGGGAAUUUUGGCUGAACUUCGCGCUUGGAAUUGCGAGAUGGUUGAGGAGGCCGCCAAGAGGCUUGGUGCUACUUAUGUGCGCGCGGUUGGGAUUUGGGAUGACUUUCACAUCAUUGAUGGCCGUUUAGUAACUGGCCAGAACCCCGCCAGUGCUUCGUCAACCGCAGCCUCUGCGGUUGCCGUCUUCGAGACAUUGUGA